AUGUCGGGGAAGACUACCAAGCAACGGGUCGCUGUCAUUGGAGCCGGUCCCUCGGGGCUGAUUGCUCUCAAGCAUUUGUCUGCUUUUCCUGAUUUAUUCGAACCGGUUGUGUUCGAACAAAAUUUCUGGCCUGGAGGACUCUGGCAGUACACUGACAAGAACGGAAAUGAUGAAUUUGGACUUCCAGUGAACUCAGCGUUGUACAACAACUUACAAGUAAAUAUUCCCAAGGAAAUAAUGGAAAUUCCUGGUUUCCCGUUUCCUAAGGAAUGGAACAAGUCUUACAUCACCCGCCAACAGUGUCUUGAAUACCUCAACAUGUUUGCGGAUCAUUUUAAUCUAAGGAAACACAUUCGGUUUCAUACACAUGUCCGUAAUGUUCAACCAAUGAAAGAGGUCAGCGAGAAUGGGAAAUCAAAAUGGCUGCUGACUUUCUCACCAGUUAACCAGACGUCGGAAGUCAAACAAGAGAAGUUUGAUGCCGUAUUUGUGUGCAAUGGCCACGAUUCUAAUCCAUACAUCCCCGAUAUUGCUGGAAUGGAUGGGUUUCAAGGAAGAAAGAUUCACAGCAAAUGGUUCCGAUUCGAAGAACAUUUUGAUGGACUGAAGGUAGCCAUUCUGGGCUGUCACUUUUCCGGGGAAGAUAUCUCAAUGCUUGUGGCAAAGUUCGCCAAAAAGGUGAUUGUUUGCCACAGAAGAAAGGCAGAGGAAUUUCCACCCUCGUUUCCAAAGGAAAUCGAGCAAAGGGCACCCUUUGUCCGCAUGACCAAAGAUUCCGUCGUUUUUCCUGACGGAAGUUCCGAAAAGGUCGACGCCAUUAUUUUCUGUACCGGAUAUCGGUAUUCAUUUCCGUUUCUGAACGACGGCCUCAUUACAAUUAAGGAUGAGCGGAUCGAGCCAAUAUACAAACACAUGGUUCACAUUGAGCAUCAAAAUCUCAUAUUUUUCGGAAUUCCCCGCCAAUUGCCCUAUUUCCCUCAUUUUCAUGAAAUGGCAAAGUUCGCCAUCAAACUGUUGGCGGGAAAAAUAACCCUUCCAUCUGAAGAGGAAAUGCGGGCUGAAAGUGAAGCUGAAUACCAGGCUCGUCUGAAGGAAGGGAAGCCACCCAUUUUUGCACAUUACAUGGGAGAUGGGCAUCGACAAACCGAGUUCAAUGCACAGAUUGCUAAACUCGGCGGAUUCGAACCACUGUCGCCUGUCAUACAAAUGAUUUGGGAUGAUGUCAUGGAUGAAAGGUACAUGAACAUCAUCAAUACACAUGAGUUUGACUAUCUGGUUACCGGUCCAAGCUCGUACCGCUGUCUGACCCCUAACAAGGCCAAAUCGAGGGUCUCUAAAGCUGAGAAUGUCGUUAGAAAAUAGAACAUUUUCAGACCAUGCUCGCAGAGUCUGGAACUUGUUCGCAUGAAACAAUGUAACAGCUUUUAUUCAAUGAAUACGAAAGAAUACAGCCGCUAUAUAUUUUAAAAUAGCAAAGGUGUAAUUUUAAAAUGUGAACGUUAGGCCUUGUGUAUUUCAUAGAGAUUCGUAUUGUAUCAAUAUGUAAUCAUGUACUAUGUAUACUUAUUAUAUACGUGUACCAAUCAGUCUUUUCCUUUUCCUUUACUUGAAAUUUUACAGAGUGUGAUCGGAUUUCCACUCGGUGGGUUUCCGAAUCCAGAUCACCACUAUCUUAAACUGAUGACGUAGUACACAAAAAAUAACGUCUGUAUUUUAGAGCUUUUUAAAAGAGUUCGUUUAAAUUACCGUGGGUGAAAAAAUAAAAGGUACACAAGGAAUCUUAAAGAAUAGUUUCGCAAUUAUAACUUUUGAAUGGACAAUUGUAUAAAAUUGAUAAAUUUGACAUUGUUUUGCGUUCCUUUGAUCUGAUGAUCCGCGCCUGAGAAAUCUAUCUGAUCCGACGCUUUGGAUCAAGUUCUUGUUAUAACAAUCUAUACCUUUAUAAGAAUGUAUGAUUGUCAAGAAGUUGAAAUAAGUGUAUAUAUUAGCUUCAUAUGCGUACAAACUUUUCCAUUUAACCUUAAUAAUUAUAUGAUAAAUAAAUAUGUAUGAAACUCUACCAUAUGAAAUAUGCUUUAUAUUAUAUACAUGUAGCUCUAGUAUAUUGGAGUAUUUACAUGUACCAGUGAAUUGUAUCUUGAGAAACAGAUUAACAUUAUUUGGACAAAAUACCAAAAAUGUGUUUGUUUGUAUAAUUAGGUUAUCUAAGGAGAAGAUUUUAUUUCCUGAUAAGUAUGCUUCGAUGAUACGGUUGUGGUUUUUCGAA